CGCCCCGGGGCGGUGCUUGGCGGCCGCCCCGCUGCUCCCCGCCGCCGCUGCCGGCGGUAGCGGCAGUGCCGGUGUGCGCCAACGGCUGCUAACGGUCACCAACGGCCGGCGGCCCCACCUCUGCGGGCUGAGGAAUUAUCCAGUGUAAUAUUGGCAGUCUGAAAUCUUUAGCUUGGAUACAAAAGCCUGUGUUCUCACCUAAGAAUCAUACGUCACUAGUUUUGGUUUCUGAAGAAGAGUUUUGAACUGAAGAAAAAGAAAUCUAGAAAAGAUGGACUGGAAUGUAGGACCACUCCAGAAUACUGAUGCACAGAAUAACUUGCAAAGUCAAGAAGCAUGUUAUACUCAGGUGCUUUCUAAUGCACAUGCUUUUCCUCAAGCAAAUGCAUAUCCUUCUGACAAUGCAUGCAGUUAUACUGGAAAUAACCAAAUGAUAUUUCUGCCAACUAGCAAUAUAAAUGUUGCCUUCAUUCCUGUAAAUGCUGAAAGAUACAAAAAUUCAGACCAGGCCUUUUCAGGAGCAUCUGUAGCUGGCAAUGGCUUUGCUACCUCAGCAUAUUCACUUGAUCGGUGUCCACCUUCCCAGGUACCAUCAGCAACAAGACCUCCUAAUCAGGCAUCCCAUGUGCAGACACAGAUAACUCAGAAUCCUUGGCGAAACUCUAAGGCACAUGUUUAUUCCCGUAGGAAGUUAGCUCCCCUACUUUCUCGAAUGAACUCUGGAAAUAAUGCACAGAACAUACCUCGGGAACCCCAGAAUCAGUACGUCACCACAAAUGGUUAUACUGUGCGGCCGCAAGUAUCACAGCUUAAUUCUAUGAGACCUACUAUGUUGUAUCAAAGUAAUCGUGAAUGCAUUAAUGCUUCAAAGGCGGGGUGCCCACCACCAUGUAACAUGAAUGGCCCUGCUGCUUCUCAAGGCAUUCCAGUACUCAUCAAUCAGUCAUCCAGUCAGUAUGCUCAUUCCCAGAAUAAUUCUUUGUCCCUUGGUACAUCUGGACAACAUGUCCAAAACCAAAUAUAUUAUCCCAGUAAUCAGUUUCAAGUUUCACACUCACAGAGUCAAAAUACUACUGUAAAAGUACCAUUGCAGCAAUAUGUACCAAGUCAGAUGGGACUGGAAACUCGUAACGGAUGUUCUGCACCAUCUUUGUUGCCUGCCAGCUGUGAUUCAAGAGCUGCAGCACAAUCUUUGCUAGGUGUUCCACAGACAGUUCAAAAUGGGUCUAAUGGAUAUAGCCUAAACCAUCAGAAGCGCCCAUCGGAUCAAAAAAAUGCUUCUUGUUUUAACAGUGCUCAGCAAUACUGGCAGAAACAACAGUCUGGAGAAGUCAGUCAAUCAGUUAGAAAUGUCAGUAAUUUGAGUGGAAAUGUGACAGCAAACCAGCCUUUUAAUGAAAUGUCUACACCAUCUACUGGCAUUUCCAAAGAACUGUAUAAUAUUGUGCAAGAAAUAGCAAGUGUUCCUUCAGUGGCAGCUUCAAAGCCGCCAAAUGAUACUGCUUCAGUUCAAGAAAGCCAGACUGCUAAUCUAAUGAAUGUGCCUAUUAAUUCUCAAAUGCGUUCGUCAACAGAAGGUGGAACAAAAUUUACAAAGGAUGGACUAGCUUGGGAAGCUCAUAAACUGCUUUCUAUUAAAAAAAAAUGUCUCCUACUUGAAAGGCUGUUUCAUUAUAAAAAAAAGCUCUUAGCAGCUUCAGAACGUGACAAAAGUACUUCUGUGCUUACUCCGUGUUAUCAAAAUACUCCCCCUAAUUUUCUUCCCCACAUGCCCAAUCAAAAUGUAGCACCUUCCCUGUCUGAAACAGUGAGGACAGGGAGUCAGCAACAUCUGACUGUUAAUUCUUCUCCUGAAGAAAGAAAUGAUAAAAGCAUGGCCAAUGUUGACAACAGAGGAUUAGAGAUGACUCAAAGUAAUCAUCAGAUGGAGCAGGGAAGUUUUUCAUCCAGCUCCCUUCCCAUUCAAGCUCAGAAUACACUCCCAGCUCAAUUAAAUAAUACUGAGAGAGCUCCCAUCUUGGAAGAAAAGGAUGUGUCAGCCUUGAGCUCUUCUCAAAAAACUUUGACAUCCUCUAACAGUACUUCAUGCUAUAGUCAAACUGAUCAGCCUUUCAAAAUUGUAGCAAAGAACAUACCAGCUAACCCUGGGAAUUCAUCCUUUCUUCAGUUUGUGUUGAGCAGCACAAAUAUUUUGAAAGAGAAGAGAGCUGGUGCUGCUGCAGAUAAAAUACUGACAAGUCUCCUUUGUAAUGAAAAACCACUGGUAGAUUUAAUGGGCUCAGAUGGAAGCUUAUUAAAAGAUACUACUGAGAAGAACGUAGAAAGUUUGAAAGGUGAGCAGACAUUUAUAGUUCACACAAACCCUCCUGUAUCAGAAGCAAUGGGGUCUGAUGAAACUAAUUUCCAGAAUGAGGUAGCCCAGAAAAAAGCACCAUUUACUGAAAAUUCAUGUUCUGAACAGAACAAUUGUACUUACUCUGUGGAAGAGCUAACUGCAUGCCUUGGCUUGUGGAGAAAACGUGCUUCAGAACCUGUGAAUGUUCAAAAUAGCCCAUCAAAUGAAAGCCCCACAGCAAAUCCAAUGUCACUGUUACCUUACACUCAAAACACAACAAAUAAUAGAGAGCAAAAUAAUGUUUCAGUUAGUACAAAUGAAGCAGUUUUGCCUUUAACAACUGUUUCUGUAGGACAAAAACAUGAUACAUUGUGUUCCAAUUUGAUAAAAAGUUUUGAACUCCAAGUUGCAGUUGUCUCUCCUUUAGUGCUUUCUAAACAGAGAACACAGAGUGAAGAGACAGACAAAUUUCCAACAUCUACAGAUAUAACCUAUCCAGUGAUUGAAGCAGGAAGCAUAUGUAGCUUGCAAGAAGAAGGGAAAAAUGUUUUAACUGUGGUAGAUACUGAUAAAGGAACAAUAGAAACUGUUCCUUCAUCACCUGAUGACUGUGUUCCAGUACAGAAAGCAGACUUAGAUUUGCAACAGACCAAAUCAGCUGAUGGAAACAGAAUAGUUAAAAACAGUGUGCGUGCAAGUGAUGCAUAUGAUAAAAAACAAAGGCAAGUUGGCAAAUCUGUGCAGGAUGCCAGAGAAAGCCUGCAGCUUGGGUUACCAGAUGAGUCUUCUCUUCCUGAAUUGGAUGUGAAUUCUUCUAGUCAAAUCUUUCAUGAAGGUGUAAGAGACCAUAAAGACAAGCAAGCUACGUUAGAGCCAGGAAGUACUUCCACAGUGGUGUUGGAAGAUGUGUUUCGUAUUUCUAGUGUAUGUUCUCUUGUUGAAGGUGAUGUAUUUUAUAAUCCACAAAUAGCAAGUAUGUUCAGCUCAGCCCCUGUGACAAAUACAUUAAAUAAUGGUAGCUCAUUAGAAGAUAAUAUGUCUGACCCAAAGGAAAAGGAGCAACAGCUGGACUUGUGUAAAGAUGAACUCAAAUUGAGAGACAACGUUCUUCAAGGGAAGGGCUUUCUGCAGACGACACUGGAAGAGUUGUCAGGCUGCAUGAGUAAAGCGGAUAAGAUUUUGGAUGGUAUCAUGAUUAGCAGUUCUGAGAAAGCAAGCAGUGGAAGUUCUCUUAAAACACUUUCUGCCUCAGAACAAAAAAUGUCAGUAAAUGCAUCUUGCAAGCAUCCUGAAAAUGAUUCAGAAAUUCUUGCUAGUAUAAACCAGGAGUUAACUCAAAACUCACAAGGUCCAUCAACUGGUGUAACUGCUGAAAAAAACAUGUUCACUGUUAGAAGAGACAGCAGUACACAAGAUGACACGUCUGGUAAAAAUAGUAUAGAUGAGGAGACAAACCUUUUUGGAGGAGAACCUAUUAGAUGUCUGAACAAUCAGCUGACUGAACUUGUGAAAGAGUUUCCAUAUGGCAUUGAAGGUGCUGAUAUGCUAACAAAAGAUCCAGUACAAAGUGAUUCUGUGGCUGAGUGGACAGAGAAUCAACCUCAAAAAGAGAUUCAAACUUGUAAUAAAAAUUCUGAUCCAGUAGAUCAGAUACAAAUUACACUCUUAAGGUCUGAACAGAUGCAAGAACUGAUUCCUGAACACAACGAGCAUUCCUGUAGUGAAAGCCAUAAAGCGGCAAAUCAACAGGCAGAAAAAGAUUCAAGUGAGAAAAAGAGCCUUGAAAGCAAUAUUCAAUCUGGUCAGAGCCUAUGCAAAGAGAAAGAAAAAACAGAAAAAACCUCAAACCCUGGAAGAGAAAAACAAACUUACUGUUGUUUAAUGGGUUGGUUAUCUGUAGAGUAUGCAAUGCCACAAUGCUCCUGUAAAUCUAGAACAUCUGGUUCAGAGAAAAAUCAUAGUGAUCAUCAAAUUUCAGAAGCUGAAAAUGCUAGCUCUAAAGAGAGAGAAAAAAGCAAUAGUAAAUCUGGUUCCAAAACAAAGAUGAACUGUGCAGUGGGAAACCUGCCGACUGAAAAAUUUCGAAACAGUGUUGGCAGAAAUAAAAAAGGUGUACACAAAUACACCUCUGUAAUGAACAAAGAAGCUAGGACCAAGGUGAAUAAUGAAUGCAAACCACUUGCAAUGCAACAGGAAAAAAUUAAACCACUUAAUUCCUCUGAAAAACAAGUCUCUGAUAAAUUGGAAAGAAGCAGCUGGAAGGAAGAAUUACAAAUCUUUAGAAGAACCCCCUCAUUAGGGAAAGAAUUUGAUUCUGCCAAAAAAGAUUAUCAGAAUGUCUCCAAACAGGAACUGUUGUCAGGAAAAGCUGGUUGUACAGAUGCAGACAAUAUGAUUUUGCCCCAAAAGAACGAGAGAGUUUUCAAGAUGGAGUCCCUUUCAAAAGAUAAAACUGAAAUAGGUGUGGCUGUGAAAACCAAGACAGACAUUCACAAAAUUAAAAACUCAGAAAUUGUUGAAAUUAAGCACUCUGAGGUCUAUCAAGGACAUAAAAAUAAAACCGGUGAAGAAAACUUGGGCGAAGAACAGAACUGUAGGAAACAAAAGGACAUACUUGGAAAAGGAGUAGAAGUUAAUAUCAGAGGGAAGGUAAAAUUAUCAGCAGAAAUAAAACACAAAAAGCUGAAUAGUUAUCGUGCUGAUGCUAUUAAGGUCCCAAAUUUUGGCAACAUAGACUUAAAGUCAAGAAACCACAGAUAUUCUCAGCAUAAAUCUAUAAAAACUCUUCCUUCACAGGAAAGUUCAUACAAACGGAAGCGGAAAGAAAAUAUGAUUGGAAAGAAAGACCCUAAGAAAACAAAGUUGGAAGAUGAAAGACUAAAACAGUCUGAAGCAAAUAAUUCCAAGCAGCUUUUGCAUAAUCACAUGAUAAAUACUGACAAGACUAAAAAAUCAAAUGGAGAAAAUGGCUGGAAACGAAAGAGCUCAUUAACAGAUCACUCUGUCCUUAAACUACAGAAAAAAAGUGGGCGAUCUUCUACCAUCUCUAAAAACUACUUUUCUAACAAAGAGAGACAUCUCGAUGGUCAAAAUAAAGACAAGUCUUCUGAGAAAACAUUUUCUGAUAAAAACCUGCUAUAUUUAAAUAGAAGAAAUAACAGAUUAAAAAUGUACCUUCAAAAGGAACCAAAAAAACACUAUCUGAACAGAGUUGCAUUUAAACGUACUGCCCAGGAAAGCAUAUAUCUGACCAAAUUAGAGACAUCACCUGUCAGACCUGUGUGGCACAUGAAGCCCAAAGUGUCAGAGAAUAGCCCAGAUCAAAAAAGAGAGGCUUCUCUCUCAGAAGAUGAAAAAUCACACAAACUGCAAGUACUUGAAUUUAAACUAUGUCCAGAGAUACUGUUCAGAAAUCCAGCCACUGAUGAAGAAAGCUCAGCUGCAAAGAAUACCCUGGAAAGAGAUAAAUCUGUUGUGGCAGGUGUCAAGAGUAAAAAAGAAGAUUGGUUAAAAUAUGAUCCAGUGAAGCAAAGAAAGCUGGAAGGGACCUCUGCAGUUGAGGACAGUAUUCCACUUGAUACAGCUAUACAAAUCCUGGAAGGAGAUGGUGAGGCUCUUCACAUUCCAAUCAAAGACUCAAAAGAGAUGUUUCAGACUUACAGGAAAAUGUAUCUGGAAAAAAGAUGCAAAAGUCUAGAUAGCAUUCCUGUGUCAUAGGUAUCUCUUGAUAUCACUGGGAAAAAACUGCCAAUACCAAAAAUGUGUUUUUUUCUAUUUGCUUGAUAUUUGUGAAUGAUUGUAAAAAUUAUGUAUAUAUUCUUGAUGUUGGCAGGGUUCUUUUCUCUAUCAAUCAGCCUUGUAUUUGUGAAUGACUGAAAUUUCUCUUAUACGUCCUGUAUUUGUUGCACAAAUAAGGUUUGGUGCUGAAAAUGUCACUGUCAAAUGUAUUAUCCCUUUUUGGCAUAUUUGAAUUUUCUUUUUUAAUACAGGAGUUAGUUGACUCUUAAAAAAAAAAAAAAAGGCACACAAACAAACCUCAAACUCAUUUAAAUUGUGAUAAUCUGUUUCUUUCCUGAUUCUGGAAAACUUCUACUUGUGAUGCUUUCCAUUGCUGGCAGUGGAAAAAUAUUCCUUGUGGAAAGGGAUUGCAGUGGAUUCCCAAGCAUUACGCCUUUUCUGCUUUUCUACUUAUGGUAGUCUGAUUGUCGUACUUCUACCAGGGCUAUUUUUUGUAGAAGCUUUUUUUUUUCUUUUUUUUUAGACUUUAGAAUACAAGAAUAAAACCCUAAAAUUAAACAUAUAGGCCAGGGGAUACCAUGACGUUUUUAUGCUGCUACCUAGUUUUAUUGUGUUUAUUUUUAUAAAGCUUGCAGAAAUUGAACUCUGAUUUCUUCAUCUGAACACAAUGCUGUUGACUGAUGCAUAGCCAAAGAGUUCUCUUCACUCGUUUUUUGUCUCUCUCUCAGCUUUCUUCGCAUUUGAAUGAAAAGUGCAGUUGUUGAGGUCAAGGGAGUCUGAAUUCAGUUUUGUCUAACCUAUGUUGCUCACUUUAACCAGGCUGUAAUUAAUUUCUUUGUUUAUAAACUAUGUUAGCUAAUAUUUGACUAUACAUUCACUGUGACAUAAGAGUUAUAUUUGUUGCUGGAUUUCUUUUAAGUGCCUUUUCAUUAUUGUUCAAAAUUUUGAAUUGAAUCAUAUUUUUUCAGAAUUGUGGUAUUUGACUCUUUUUGUCUGUUUAAACCUUUAUACUGACAGUAAAAACUGUAGAUAUUUCAUUGAGUGAUUUUUAUACCUGAAAUAAAUUUUUGAGGGCUA